AAUAUCAAAAAGUAUGACAUGUAAACCCAAUAAAACAAUAAAAAGCGAGAGGUGAAUUCUAAAAUCAAUUGGAACUUAUUAAGCUGGAGAAAUAUAACUCAACACAUGUUCCACACGCCAGCCGAUCGUGGAAGUAGACAGCUUUACCUGGAACCACUUGCUGGAAAUGAUAACAACCGUUAUUAGCAGUGACACAAACCUUAGCUUAGUGAACGUCGAUAAAGCAGUGUACGCGAAGUAAUUUGAAAGCUGCUUGGCUGCUUGGUGUGUGGUUUGUGUAUUGUACACGUACAUGCUGCUUGUGGAUCAUCACAAAAUCACACGAUCAUAUAAGAGAACACGAUAUAAGUUCCAAACGGUGAAAACGACGACGUAGUGAAUACACCAAAGCACCAGCAGCAAACAGCAAGCAAGAGCCAAAUAGAGGAGGAACUGGGCUAGCCAACAAUGGAUUCCACAGAUGGGCGCAUUGUACGCGCUCCAGCGCGUCGCCGACGAAACGAUGAGCAACUUGUCGAUCGGAUAAAGCUCAAAAAAGUGCUCGGCCUCACAGUUUGCAGCAAUGCCGCCUUGGAUGUUUCACCCGUUAGCGGUUUGCUGGCCUAUCCAGCAGGCUGCACUGUUGUCCUAUUCAAUGCCAAGCGUCAAACACAGGCCUACCUGGUCAACACCUCCCGCAAAGCUUUCACAUCGGUCGCAUUUUCGCGCUGCGGCCGCUAUGUCGCCACCGGCGAGUGUGGCAUCAAUCCCGCCAUCAAAGUAUGGGAGCUGGACUCGCCGAAUGGCAAUCUCGAGCACACCACCGGCGGCAAUGUGGUUGCGGAAUUUUUCGAUCACAAAUACGCUGUCACAUGUGUGGCCUUCUCACCCACCGGCAAGUACCUGGUCUCCAUUGGUUCACAACACGAUAUGAUUGUGAAUGUAUUCGAUUGGAAAUUGAAUCAAAAAAUGGCCUCGAAUAAAAUCAGCUCAAAAGUGUCGGCACUAAGUUUCGCCGAAGAUGGCAGCUACUUUGUUACAGUGGGCAAUCGUCAUGUCAAGUACUGGUAUAUGGAGGGAGGCCGCAGGUACAAGGAUCCCAUACCGUUGAUGGGACGCAGUGCCAUAUUGGGUGAUUUGCGCGACAAUGAUUUUUGUGCGGUCGCCUGCGGCAAGGAUGAAAUGAAAGAUCGCACAUAUGCCAUCACCCGGCAGGGUCAUUUGGUGGAGUUCAGUUCACGCCGUUUGCUGGACAAGUGGGUGCAAUGUCGCACAACGAGUGCCAAUUGUUUAACGGUGAAUUCACGUUUCAUACUCGUCGGUUGUGCCGAAGCCAUUAUACGCAUUUUUAAUGCCGCCACACUGGAAUAUGUGACGACAUUGCCGCGCACACAUUAUUUGGGGGUGGACGUGGCGCAAGGUAUACAUAUCAAUCAUAUAAUGGCUGUGCCACCGCAUGCCAAAUACCCGGACUGUGUGGCAAUGGUGUACGAUGAGCAGCGAGCGAAGGUCAGUUGCGUGUACAACGAUCACUCGCUCUACAUCUGGGACAUGCGGGAUAUCAAGCGUGUGGGUAAAUCGCACUCCUUUCUCUAUCAUUCCACCUGCAUUUGGGGCGUGGAAACUGUGCCAUACAACUUGGAGCGUGAGCUAUCGGAUACACUGCCUGAAGAGUCGUUUGUGACGUGCUCCUCGGAUGACACCAUACGCGUGUGGGGCCUUGACGGCUGUACCAAUACUGAAAACUAUCGCAGAAAUAUCUACUCCAAGGAACUAUUGAAAAUUAUGUACAUCGAUGAGGAAAUGAAUUUUAUAAAGGAUCAAGAUUUAUCGGGCGAUAAGAACUCAAAUACUGCUUAUGAUGGACGCAAUGGCGUACGCUGUAUACGAAUUAGUCCGGAGUUGCAGCAUUUGGCCAGCGGCGAUCGGUGUGGCAAUAUAAGAAUCUAUAAUUUGGCAAACACCAAGCUAAUCAUAACAAUCGAGGCGCACGAAUCGGAAGUGCUAUGUCUCGAGUAUUCGAAUGAGAAGAUCGAACGAAAGUUGUUGGCGAGCGCAAGUCGCGAUCGACUAAUACAUGUGUUCGACGUGUCGCAGGAUUAUUUACUGCUACAGACGUUGGACGAUCAUUCUUCGUCCAUAACAUCGAUAAAGUUUGUAGGAUCGGGACUCAAUUUCCAGAUGAUUUCCUGUGGUGCGGACAAGUCGAUUAUGUUCAGAACGUUUCAGGGCAACAUCUUCUUGCGCGGCACAAACACCUCCGGCAAGACGACGCUGUACGACAUGGAGGUCGAUUCCAAUUCCAAGCACAUACUCACCGCCUGCCAGGACCGCAACAUACGCGUCUACGGCACACAGAAUGCCAAACACACAAAAACCUUUAAGGGCUCCCAUUCGGACGAAGGCAGCUUGAUUAAGCUCAGCCUAGAUCCCAGCGGCAUUUAUGUGGCCACCUCGUGCACAGACAAAACGCUCGCAGUCUACGAUUACUACUCGAAUGAGUGCAUGGCGCGCAUGUAUGGCCACAGUGAGCUCGUCACUGGCCUCAAAUUCACCAAUGAUUGCCGCCAUCUAAUCUCUGCCAGCGGUGAUGGCUGCAUUUUCGUGUGGCAGGUGCCGCAUGAUAUGAUUGUCACCAUGCAAGCGCGUCUCUCACAACAGCGACUACGUUCCGGCCAUGCGCCACUUCCAGCCCGACCUGGUUCAAUUAUCGCCACACCAGAGGGCAUCAUUAUCGAAUCGCCAACACACGAAAUGGAAGAGUCGGCAACACCACAAAAAUUCACUGCAUCACCGUCCAUGUUCACCGACGAGCUAGCGCUGACGCCGGGCUACAAAUUCUCUGACGUUGGUCAACUGCCGCAGUGGGCGAAGCGCAAGGCCGUGGUCAAUGCAGAUGAGCCGAGUAAUGGUGGUGGGGUUGCCAUACCCGGUUCGACGGUAUCUGCCAUGCAAUCUGCCUCGUCCACCUCCAAUUUAAGCUCCUCACCCAGUCAGUUGGGUGUUGGUGGCGUACCGCGUGCGCGCGGCCGUUGGGCGCAACGUGGCCCAUUUGACCCUGACGACCUGCGUUCGAAUUCAGAAAGUCCACUGGGUACUGUGUCAUCGAGCGGCGGCGGUGGCGGCGGCGGUGGCGGUGUUGGUGUUGGUAGCGGCAUCGUUGGCGGCGUCGGCGGCGGAGUUGGCUUGAGUAGUGGCGGUAUAGGCAAUACGCAAACGUCCGACUAUAACAGCGCGUCCUCCAAGGAUAUAAUGUACAACCAGACUUACCUCAGUGAAGAUUCGUCCAUAGACUCGGGUAUGGAGACGCGGCGGGAGUUGAAGUUUAUUGGCAGCAAUAAUACCGGUACAGUGCCAAUAGCGACUGGCAGUAAUGGUGGCACAACGGCAAAUCGGUUGGUGCCGGAAAAGCGCAAGCCUGGCCUUCGUUUUGAUCCACAAUCCAAUGAGCAUGAUGGUGAUGUGGAAGACAUCUCCGAUGGUGAGCGCACCAGUUCGGAUCACGGCAUGUUCUACAACAACAUAUCGCCCAGCACGCCAACCGACUUCAAAGUCACCGCCAUGAAUGAGGAUGAGCUGCGCAAGUCGAUGCGUCGACAGAAAUUCGAGAAGACCGGCCUAACGCUACCCGGCAAUGGCAGCACACACACAGCCAGCACUGGCACCGGCACAGGCACCUCCGACACUGAAGACGAAGGCUCUACACCGAGCGCAGAGAAUGCCGAACGUUCGCUGGCGUCUACUUUGGGCGGCAGCUCGGAGAGUAUACCAGCAACGACAAGCAGUUUCUUGCAGGCCGCUCUGCCAGAAGGUCCCGGCAGCAUGCUGGAGCGUGGCAGCACAAAUCGACGCAGUAUUAGUGCCAAACACAACACUGAAAACGGCAAGCCUGUGCCCGCUACGCCCACCAUAACCAAAUCGUUCACCAGCACGAAAAAGGACGAGCUACUAAAGGUGAUCAGCGAAGUGAAGCAACAGCUAGAAAAUGGCGCACGUAAAAAUGGAGUUAAGAGGUUGAAUGCUAUACCGGAGGUUGGCUAUCGAUCACUUCGUGGCAGUCACAGCAUUUCGGAUCUAAGUCUGGCUGGAAAUGCGGAUAAUACGUCGAGAUCAGCGAUAGCAGGGAGUCGUUAUGCAAAGACAGCUCCUCUUAAUGAACCCCAACAGUACGCUAGCUAUUAUAAUACACCACCACCAUCCUUACAACAACAACAACAACAACAGAUGCCGCCAUAUACACAACAACAAAUUCCACCGACGUCGCAGCAACAAUACCAACAAACACAGCCAUACCCACCUUAUCCGCGCUCACCCUUACCGCAAUCGUUCGAUCAACAGCAGCAACUACAAGAACAACAACAACAAUCACAGCAACAGCCACAACAUUUCUUCAAUUGUGCUGCGCCACGUUCGGUAAUGCAACAAAGCUGCCAAGCUAUGCGUCAAGUACAACAACACUAUCCACCAUAUCCGCACCACGUUGGCGUGCACCAAAUACACCCACCGCCCGGCGUGCCAUUUAUGGCGCCCAAUGCGCGCAAUGUCGGGCCGCAAGCAUCCACCGCCACACAACACAUUGGCAAGCAAAUGGCGACCGGCAGCUUCAAUAGCGCAACUUUACCCGCGCACGGCCAGCAUACGCGCGUCAAACGUAAUCCGGCAGGCAAUGCGCGCCGCACGCCAAGCAUUCUAAAGCACUACAAGUCGUGUCCGGUGUCGCCGGUGCACGAAGAGGUCGAGUGGUCGGCGGAUAAUCGCAACAGCAUCAUUAUUACCGAACCGAAGCGGCACUCUGUGUACGCGGAAGAUGCGCGCACCAUACUCGAUAUGAUACAAGCGGACACGGAGAAGAUGAUCGAGGAGAUACAGAAGAAGUAUGGCGAUUUGGAUGAUAUCGGCGUGGAUUUGUAUGAUGCCAAAUUGGGCGGACGCUAUUCGCAGCUGGUCGCGUCGCAAUCGGUGCCAGCGUGUCUUUCGCCGCCAGUGUUUGCAGCAGGCAGACAGCCGCCCAUAGCGCCCACUGCAGGACCGCACCUAACGCACACUUUGCCAUAUCAGAUGCCCUCGCCCGGCGCUGUGACGCCGCCGAAACGCGCUGUGUCGGAGUAUUAUAUCUAUCAGGAGUUCUACCAGUGCCAUCGAAAUGUUUCGCUGUCGGAUAUUUUGGCGCCCGAACAGCAAGCUGAGACGCGACGCAUAGAAGAUGCGCGUUUUCUUGAAACACAACGGCACUCUAGCGCCAGUUUCUUCCUCACGUCGCAGUUUGGCGAGCGUAAGAGUCAGGAGUCUUUGCUGUCCGAUGAGUAUCCGGAUGAAGGCAGCUACUGUAAUAGCAUGGAAAGCGUACUCUCCGAUGAGAGCGACUGCAAGAGCGCGCCCAUGGAAACGCAAGUGCAGCGCCAUGCUGGCAUACGCAACUUCAUACUACACGGACCAGUGAGCGCUGCGGCGGCAAGCGCCACGCAACUGGUGACCAAGUCGUAUGGCUCGAGUCCGAACGCUUAUGGCAGCUUCGAUUACUACAUGCAACAGCGCAAUAUGCAGCACUCGCCGUUGCCUUAUGAGAGCUUUGAUAUGUCCAGUUACACUUUGGAGAACCUCAAACCGGAGAGCGUGCGCCUGAAAGCGCCGCCACAGCAAAGGCAACUGCCAAGUUCGAAAACAUAUCCCAGAAUCGCCGAUUCGCCCAGAGCGACGAGUGGCGGCACAAAAGCGGAAGACAUACCCACGCUCAGCUCGAAGAAUAAGCAGUACAACUCAGGUGUCAACAAGAGUCUGAGUCAGGAUUUUGCACAACAGCGCCUGCAGCGCACCACUAACCCAAUGCAAAUGGAGCGCAGCGCUUACGAGGAUAAGCUGUUCGCGAAGAAGGUGGUGAAACCGAAACCGCCAGUGCCAGCAAAGCCACAAAAUCUCGUCUCAACGCUAACGUCCACCGUAGAGACCGCGCACGCUAGCAGCGCGCCAAAAGACACCACACCAAUGUACUGCGCUUUCGAUGUGAACACCAUGGAUGUGCGCUGUCAGUCGCGCACCGCCAGCGUUGUGCGCAAAUUCGAGCGCAAUCUGCAAAAGUUUGAGCGCGAGAAGCAGGCAGAGCUGCAGGCCAAAAAGGCGAGUGGCAUGCGCCCCUCCGUCAGCAGCGGCGCGCUCACCACGCAUAGUUGUCUCAAAAAAGUUUCUAAAUUCGACACGAACGACAAGAGUACACCGGCAUCACGGCGCGCCACAAGCAUGCGCACACGCGGGCGGCCCAAGGUGGCAGUGCGCUUCAAUACAGUGUCGCAAAUAAAGUACACGCCCAGCGAAAAGCGUUCGUCUUCAUGCAGCAGCGGUAGCACCGGUUCUGCUUACUCUGCGGCGGCGGCGGCGGGUGUGAGUGAAGCGUUCGCUACCGCCACAUGUCCACUAAACGAUAUAGUAAAUCACAACGCUGAAUCACCACCGCCAAUUGUUGGCAGUCUACCGAGCGAUUAUGGUGGCGAGCGUUCAUUCGAAAUGUACAUCGCCGAGAAUGGCAACGAGCAUGAGAACAUGAAUAUGGACAGCCUGAAGUUGUAUACGAAACCCGAGCUGCAGGCGGUGGUCGAUGAGAUACAGCAAGAGCGCGAACGCGAUGCCAAGCAUAAAAAGAAUAUGACCAAUGUGGAGCGCACAGCAGAUUCAACUACAAGCAACCAGUGUAAAAAUAUUGCCAAGAAAAUCGAUAUCAUACAAAAGUUAAUCGAAAUGGAAGAACGCAAGCUGGAGCAAAUACGUAUAGCGACAGAAUCGCGCAUGCGCCCCUUCGAAUGCAAUUCCAAGCAGAAGGGUUAUGUGAAGAGUUUGACCAUGAAUUUCGACAUGCUCGCCAAGGGUAUCGAGAAGGAUAUCGAAAAUGAGCAGCGUCGCAUACGCGCCGAUAGCAGUGAUGCCGAUUUGUGUGCCUACGCGCGUCACAUCAAACGCAAUGUCAGCCUGCCGGAUGUGUUGGAACGCUCCGAUCUAUUUGGCAAAUCACCACCGGCCGGCCACUCGUCGUCGACAGACGAGGAUGAGGUUGAGCUGGCGAGGGAGGUGAAAGCCGAUUCGGAUGUUGAGGAGGCGAAAACGUAUCGCUAA